AUGGUUCCGUCUGUCCAUCUGGUCCUGCUUCUCGCCGUCUUGCUCAGCCUGGCGGAUCCCGCCUCCGUACCCAUCCACCGGGGGCGAGGAAGCUGGACCCUCAAUAGUGCUGGCUACCUUCUGGGUCCCGUGCUCCACCUUCCCCAGAAGGCUGACCAAGGCAGGAAGGAGAAGACAGCCCUCGAGAUCCUAGACCUGUGGAAGGCCAUUGGUGGGCUCCCCUAUCCACACUCUCAGCAGGCCUCCAAGAGGAGUCUGAGGGACACUUUUGCCCAACCAGAGAUUGGAGAUCUGGGCAUGCUCAGCAAGAAAGUUCCCAAGACAGGAGAUGUCCUUCAGUCAUAG